GACGGAUAUUUAUUUCAGAAUAUAUUUUUUAUUAUAGUAUGUUAAUGAAAACGUGCUGCCAAUAUGACACAAGAACAGGUUGAUAAGUCAAAGACAGUUGACAAGCGACGUACUAAAGACCUUCCUCCAACAAAGGUUGUGAUCCGGCGCCUUCCACCUAGUCUUACUGGAGAUCAACUACUGGAACAGCUUUCUCCAUUGCCAAAUUAUGAUUUCUUCUACUUCAUGAAAGCAGACUUCAGUUUGGGCCCAAAUGCAUUCUCAAGAGCCUACAUAAACUUCAUCAACUAUGAAGACAUUGCAGUGUUCAGGGACAAGUUUGAUGAUUAUGUGUUUUUGGAUGCUAAAGGAAAUGAGUUCCCAGCCAUUGUCGAGUUUUCCUCCUUCCAAAAGGUCCCAAAGAAAAAAGCAAGAAAACCAGAUUCGAAAAAAGGCACCAUUGAACAGGAUGGAGAUUACCAGAGGUUCCUGGAGAAUCUGCAGAAUCCACCGGCAGAGGAGGUCGUCUCCCUGGAAACGUAUCUGGAACAGCUGGAGAAUAAAGAGAGGGAAGCCAAAGCCACAAAGGGUGGACCGAGGAUCUCCACACCACUGAUCGAGUACAUCAAGAGAAGGAAGGAGGAAAAGAGAAACUCCAUUCUGAAAGCUCGAGAGGAGAGAAGAAAACGUGACUUGGAGCGAAAACAGGCACGUGAAGAUGAGAGACGAAAGCGUAAGGAGAAAGAAAGAGAGGUUGAUCGGGAGAAAGAUCGACGGGACCGGGAUAAAAAUCGGGAGAGUAGGGAAAACAGAGAUCGGGAUCGGGACACAAGGGAUCGGGAUGGUAGAGAUAGGGAUACAGAUCGGGAUGGGAAAUAUCGGGAUAGGGCAAAAGAUAAAGAAAGAGAUGGCAAGGACAAGGAGAGAGAUGUCCCUGUGAAGGUACACCUUCUGAAACAUAGUGACAGAGAGGGGACAAAUGAGAGAGAAGCAGGCAGUAAAACUUCAGACAGAGUUAGUAAAGACUCAAAUGACACUAAAAAGGACAGGGAAUCUUGUGAACGAGAGAGUAAAGAUUCAAGUAAAGGUCCAGCUAAAGAUGAUAAGUCUAAACUAAGGUUCUCAAAAGAGAAUCGGGAAAAAAUAAAAGAGCAGCGAGAGGUUAAAGAUAGAGAUAGAGGGAAACCUCCAUCUAGUAAGGUUGACCGACCCCGGUCUGCACGUGAUGAUCGUGAUGACCGACGAGAUGACCGCAGAGAUGACCGACGGGACCGCAGUGACCGCCGCCCCAAGUCUUACCGUGAGGAGAGGGAAAUGAGGAGACAGAACAGGGACACCGACUACAGGGAUGACAGGCCAAGGUCUGGAGCUAGCCGUAGAGAUGAAAAACCAUACAAAGAUGAUUCAAGGGACAGGAACAGAAAUAACAAUAACAGCAGCACCCCUGUUCGUGAGUCACCAAAAAUCACAUACAGAAGAGGAAGUGAUGUAGACAGGAAGCCAGAAAAGGAUGAUGGGAAAACAGUGGAUUCUGGGAAAAAAGAAGACAAGGGAGACCAAUCUAAACCUGCAGAGGAAGAGGGGGAUACUGUUGAAGUUAAGAAGGAAGAGAAACUGGUCAAAGUGGAUAGAGAAAGAACAAAGCCCAUUGACCAAUCAGAAGAGAGUAAAAAAGACGAGGACCAAUCAGGAAGCGGAGAGGAAAAACGGAGAAAACGAAAGGAGAGACCUGAGCGUGCCAUCUAUGAUCCCCGAAGAGCAUUAGAGAGGCGACAAGGAUCUAAAAGAGAUGAACCAAGUCCCCGAAGUAGCCCUCGGGAUGGUAGGAGUAGCCCUCGGGAUGGUAGAAACAGCCCUCGGGAUGGUAGAAGUAGUCCAAGGGAGGGUAGUCAGGCUAAGGAUGAGCCAAAAUCUGGUGGCUCUAAGGAAGGUAGCCAGGCAAAGGAUGAGCCAAAAUCUGGUGGAUCUAAAGAGGGUAGCCAGGCUAAGGACGAGCGAAAAUUAGGUGGAUCUAAGGAGGGUAGCCAGGCUAAGGAUGAGCCCAAAUCAGGUGGAUCUAAGGAGGAUAGCCAGGCUAAGGAUGAGCCAACAUCUGAUGGCUCUAAGGAAGGUAGCCAGGCUAAGGAUGAGCCAAAAUCUGGUGGCUAUGAAGAUGGUAGCCAUACUAAGGAUGAACCAUCAUCUAAUGGUUCUAAGGAGGGCAGCCAUUCUAAGGAUGAACCAAAUUUCAAUAGGUCUAGAGAAGGUAGCCAAUCCAAGGAUGAGCCACAAUCUGGCAGCUCUAAGGAGGGUAGCCUGCCUGCAGAUUCAGCUGAGAAAGAGAGUCAUUCUAAAGAUGAAUUAGAAGCUAUUGUGUCAAUGGAAAAUAGACAGGUGAAAGUAGGUUCUAACUCUAAUGAGACAAAGGAAGAAUGCCAUUCUAAGGAGGAACUAAAAGCUGGUGUGGCUAAAGAUGGCAAUGAGUCAAAAGAUGUGGCAAAUAAAGAUAACCAAUCUAAAGAUAAGCCAGAAACCAGUGUUUCUAAGGAGAGUAGCCAGUUUAAAGAAGAGCCAGAAACCAGUGUUUCUAAGGAGAGUAGCCAGUUUAAAGAAGAGCCAGAAACCAGUGUUCCUAAGGAGAGUAGCCAGUUGAAAGAUGAGCCCGAAACCAGUGUUUCUAAGGAGAGUAGCCAGUUGAAAGAACAAAAAACAAAAACAUCCGAGGAAGGUAACAACAAACUCAACAAGGAAAUGGAAGGGGACCAGUCUAGAGACUGUAAAGAGUUUGAGAAAAGUAACCAGUCUAAAGAAAAGGCUGAAAGCGAAGGUCGUGAACAAAAGGGAAAUGAAAAGGGUAGCAUAUCUCCUGGUGGUGAUGAGAACAACACAGAUGAUGGAACACCAGUGUAAAAGUCAUUGUAAAGGAAUGGUGGUGACUUCUAGUGCAAAAGAAAAAAAUGGUCCUGAUUUAAAUAACAUCUUAAAAUGCAAGAUUAAGCUUGUUUUAGUGAAUGUUCUGUUUUAUGUUGAAUUGAUUUGUUGAUCAAACUUCAUGUAAGUAUUUGUUCCUGUCUUCUUUAUUCUUUUGUUUGCAUUCUAACAUGUGCUUAAAUGAUAAACGUUGUAAUCCACUUCAUCAGUAUAUCCUUCAUUCAAUGUUGAUGAAGCAUUUUUUGCAGUAUCUUUGUUUAUAAUAUUUGUUGAUUCUAAGGUAAAUUAAAUCUUUGAAAAAAACAUUUUAGUUACUCCAUUUAUAAUGAAUUUAAAAGCAACUUAACAUGUUUAAUACUAGAAAAUAACAGUAAAAACAAGUAACAAAAUCAAGAUGUGUGUCCAUAAAGCUAUGAUCCUGUAUGGUUUACACAUUUAUUCAUCAUUUAAACUGCUGUACCACACGAAAUUUUUCAAACAUAUUAAGCCCCUUAUAACAGUAUUAGGCUUACUUUGUUAUAGUUAGAUGACAUGAAUUAAAAUCUUAAUGAUUAAGAAUGGGCAGAGUGACACAUUGUCAAACACAAAAUCUGAAGCAGGGAGUGUGUAUCGGGUGAGUGGCUGUGGGCGGACCUAUCGAAACACCUUCGA